ACACCGUCUCUUCUUUCUCUCUCUCUUUUCUCUUAAUAAUUUUGCAAAAAUAAGAAAAAUGGAAGCGGAGCGGCGAGAGGCAGAGAUACACCGUACGGCGGCGGUUGAGGCGGAGGUGGAAUCGAGGUUCCGUCGUAUCUGCGUGUUCUGCGGCAGCAGCUCCGGGAAGAAUCCGAGCUAUCAAAUUGCCGCAAUUCAACUCGGAAAGCAACUGGUCGAAAGGAACAUUGACCUUGUUUAUGGCGGAGGAAGCAUUGGGCUUAUGGGCUUGGUUUCCCAAGCCGUCUACGACGGCGGACGCCACGUGUUAGGAGUGAUCCCAAAAUCUCUGAUGCCAAGAGAGAUCACUGGAGAGACAAUUGGAGAAGUGAGAGCUGUAUCUGGAAUGCACCAACGCAAAGCUGAGAUGGCGCGUCAAGCGGAUGCAUUUAUUGCCUUGCCUGGUGGCUACGGAACACUGGAGGAACUGUUGGAAGUCAUCACUUGGGCUCAAUUGGGCAUCCAUGAAAAGCCGGUAGGGUUGCUGAACGUGGAUGGGUAUUACAACUCGCUCUUGUCGUUCAUUGACAAAGCAGUUGACGAAGGCUUCGUGUCACCAGCUGCCCGUAGCAUCAUCGUUUCUGCCCAAACUGCCCAUGAGCUCAUCUCCAAGCUAGAGGAGUAUGUCCCGAAGCAUUCUAGCGUAGCGAAACUGAGCUGGGAAAUGGAUCAACAACUCGGUUAUACAAUAAAGUCAGACAUUUCUCGUUGACCUUAAUGACAGUAUAUGUAUAGAUUAAUCAUUAUAGAUCGAAUUAUGGUCGUAGUAUUGGUUCGUAAUAUCUGUAAAAAAAAAAUUGCCAAUUGAUUUGUUUGAUAGGAAGCUGAUUAGGUCAA